GACUACUUUCCCGUCAUCCCUCGCGGCGUGCUGGUUGGACAGGCUUUGUUUGCAUUGGGUUGGGUGAGCAGAGCCGGGUAUUUAAUAUUUGUUUGAGUCUCUUGGCACCUGGGUGACUGCAGGUAGAACAUGUGAAGAGGAGGACGCCGCCUGUGUGUGGGGACUGCAAUUCUAAUGCUCUGGUAAUAAAAAUGUUAUCGUUCCUGCAGUUUCUGUAAAACAUCUGCAAAUUCUAGACUAUGCCAGAAAUGAUUUCUUCUCCAGAAUUUGGCAGUGAACCCAAUUUUAUGACACAGUACAUGCCCACCAUUGCACGUUCUGGUGUCAUCGUAAAUGCUUCUUUCCCAAAUUUGGAACAAGAUGGUGGCCUGCCUCGUAGACCUUCCAGCGCCUUAUCAGGGCUGCGUGUGCCAACACCAUUUGCAGGAAGUUCCAGCCUGCCAUGUGAGGAUUCUCCGAAACAACGCGAUGGCGAUUAUAAACAACCAGAACUACGAACAGACACUAGAGGACAUAUGUCAGUAUAUAAAGACCUUGUUUAUGAAAGGGAAGGGAUCAGAAGCAGGCCACAAAGUAGAACAAUGUUUCGGGAGGAUGAGGUCCUAAGAGAAGAACUGGAUGACCCGUUGUUAAGAAAACUUGAGCAGCUUAAAGAACUACAACAACAGAAACAAGAGCAGCUAAAACACAGACAGAUGGAACAGCUACAGAAGCUCAUGGAGGAGCAGAAGAUGCUGAUUCAUAUGUCGCAUCAGCCGGUAUACUCUGAAGAUGACCAACAGAAGCUCCAAUCGGGACAUGUAGGCGGCUCUGUAUCACAAAAAAAUCUGUUUCGUCUUAUGUCUCCGAUCAGCGGGAAUAUCCCCAGAGAUUACUUUUACAAAAAUCUUGAGCUUUCUAGGAGUUCAUCCCGGCCAUCUUCUGUGCUGGCUCAAGAAUGCAGUCCAGAGAAAUCCAAAACUUUAGAGGAUUUGUUAAAGGAAGAGGUCGAAGAGGAUUAUAGUAGUGAUGAAGGUGACACAGGAGAGUCGGCACAUGAUGAUUCUUCCUUAAAGGAGCCGCUUAAGAAGAACCACAUCGAAGCUGAAGAGAGACCAAUCGUUUCCAGCAUUAAGGAGAGAGAGACCUCUUUUGAAGAAUUCUUGGAGGAACAAUUGAGGCUUGAAGAACGACGACUUCAACAAACCGAACCCAAAGAGAGCCCAGAAGGACAGGCCAAUAGCAAACCUGUUGUAAAAAGACAAUUUCUUCGACGAGGAGAAGGGCUGGCCAGGUUUAAAGGUGGGAACAAGAAACUUCCCAAAACACAAGAAAUCAAAACAACUUCUCAAAAACUGUCAGAGACUGCAGUUCCUCCCAAAGCUGAGAAAGUUCAGGUCCACAGAAAGAUUGCUUUGUCAACUAAAGAGCAAGGCGCAGAAAGUAAUCUUGGAGCAACAAAAACAACAAAUCAAAAUGUGAAAGAAAAAAACGAGAGUGUUAAUAAAAAAAUGUCUAAAAACAAUAGUGCAAAAAACAGAGCCGGUUUAUCACAAGGCCAGCAGGACAACAAAUCUACCUCAAGUGGGAGAAGUUCUGUGACUCUGGAAAGACUUGUUAGUUCAGAAACUGAUAAAGAAAAUGCAGACAACUCUAAAACCUUUGAACCACCAAGGAGACAAGGUUAUAAGGUUAAAGAGGCAGGAACUAAAAAUAAUUUUCAACAGAUCAGUGACUUGCACAAAGGGAGUGCUAACCCAGUAGAAUUUUCAUUUGAAAUCUCCUUCCAAAAGAGGAAAGCCCAGUGGCAAAAUGAGAAACAGAAGGAGAACUAUGAUUUAAAUGAGUUCCUCCUUCUAGAACAGGCUGCUGACGACAUCUCAUUCUCCAGCAACUCCUCUUUUGUACAGAAGCUACUUGAUCAAGACUAUGUAAUUGAUAAUGGGCAACGCAGGUUGUCUUCCACUCCUGUUAAAUCUGUAGAGAGGCACCAGGAGAAAGGGUUCAGCAAUGCUAGGAGUGGAAAUGGUGGCAGGUUGAACCAGAAAUUUCAAGAGCCUGGUAGUGUUCUAAAAAAUAUCUAUAGUACCUCUACUGCUGGGUUUGGUGAACAGACUCUGAAGAAGUCAAAUGAAAUAACCAAAGGUCCUGAAGUUGAAAUUAAAAUCUCUUCUAAAGAUUCUGAGCCUGCUACAAGUGAGGGGGACUAUGCGUCUUCAGCUGAUGAACACAACAACUCUGGUUUAAGUGAAAAUGAAGACCUGGAAAGCGAGGACAGUAGCCAAGAAUAUGACCCAAAAACUGUUGAACCAAAAGGCCCAUCUAAAAAACUAAACAAGGAGACCAAAGGUAGAGAUCUUGACCUGGACCUGUCAGAUGGUGGGGAUCAGGAAAAUGAGGACACAACUUUGCUGGGAAAUAGCAAAGCAUCUCUAAAAGAUGACAGCUCAUCUACUUCUAGUGAAAGUGAAGUUGGGUUUGAUGAUGAACGGACGUGGGAUGACCUUGGCAAUGUACCGAGCCUUAAAGGUGUUUAUGAAAGCAGGUUUACCAACAAGGAGUUUAUUCCAUCGGAGUAUACCAGCAAAAGCCCUCCAGACAUUCCAGACAAAGCCAUAACCAGGAAGAUAGCAUCAAAGAAGGGAGAGUCUAUGAAGACUGGAACUGCUGGUACCCCUGACCCUCCGGCAUCUGAACUGAUGAUGAAAUUGUUCCCAGCACUAAAGCCAAAAGCAAAGCCAGAAUCUCAGGCUGUGUCUAAAAAUGUACCAGUUCAAGAAGGCCCAGGAGAUUUUGCUCGAUCACAGCUCUUAAAAGAAAAAUUGGUUGAAUUGGAAACGGAGAUUGAACGAUUUAAGAUGGAGAAUGCUUCGUUGGCAAGACUACAUGAGGACAAAGAGAAAACUUUGGAAACACUCAAAAAAGAAGUUGCGGAUUUUGAGCAGCAAAAAGCUAAGGAACUAGCCAGGAUUGAAGAGUAUAAAAAGGAAGAAAUGAAAAAGCUCCAAAAAGAGCGGAAGGUGUUUGAGAAAUAUGCCAGCGCAGCACGAGCAAUGCCUGACAAGAAGGAGCGAGAAGAGAUCCAGAAUUUAAAGCAACAGAUUAAAGAACUACAAGACGAACUAAGGAAGAAGGAGACAAAAUGGUCUACCUCUCACGUGCGCCUCAGAAAUCAAAUAGAGACCUUGACAAAGGAGAAUACUGAACUUCGAGAAGAAAUAAAGUUCAUGGAAAAAGUUCGUUUGGAAUCUUGGAAGAAAGCUGAAGCAGGAGAAAGCAAAAAGAAAAGUGAUGGACCUGGGCCACUUUUGAGAAGAUCAGAAUCUGUUAGCCCCCUCCAUAUGUUAAAACAGAGGCGUACUUCUGUUCCUGUUCCUGAGUUGGAAAAGAACACGAAGGUCCACAGAAGUCAGUCUCCAAUUAAAGGACUGUCCUCAAGGAGCUUCCGACAAAUGUCGAUUGGUGAGUCUAGUAUAUCUGAGCCAACAAGAGUGAAGAUACCAGAGCCAGCAGCCAGUACUACCAUUUCCCAGGGUUCUGACAAGCUGCUGCCUACAGAAAUGAAAAGUGAGAGUUUUCCAGUUAAAGAAAGUGAUGAUGUCCAGGGGGAGGUAUCCUAUCCAGAUGGGAAGGUAGAGAGAAUUUUAAAAAAUGGCUGCCACGUCAUAUUAUUUACAAAUGGGACACAGAAGGAAGUGAGUGCUGAUGGAAAGUCCACGACUGUAACUUUCUUUAAUGGAGAUGUCAAGAAAGUGAUGGCAGAUCAGAGAGUGAUUUAUUACUAUGCUGAUGCCCAGACUACACACACAACAUAUCCUGAUGGAAUUGAAAUACUUCAGUUUUCUAAUGGACAAAUAGAAAAACAUUUUCCAGAUGGAAAGAAAGAGAUAACAUUUCCUGACCAGACCAUAAAAAACCUCUAUCCCGAUGGAAAGGAAGAGAGCAUAUUUCCUGAUGGAACAAUUAUAACUUCUCAGAUCGAUGGAAACAAAAUAAUAGAAUUUGACAAUGGUCAGCGAGAACUGCACACCCCCCAGUUUAAAAGGCGAGAAUACCCAGAUGGGACCAUCAAGACUGUGUACACCAAUGGCCAGCAAGAGACCAAGUAUGCAUCUGGGAGAGUUCGGGUUAAAGAUAAAGAUGGCAAUGUUAUUAUGGACACUAAAAUGUAACAAUAAAAGAUUAUUGAAGGUGUAUUUAUUUAUGAAAUGUAAUUAUUGUGUGUGUAUAUAAUUUUAUGAAAUGCAGAUUGUGUAAUGGUGUACUUAUUGUAUAUAUAAGCUGUACAUAUAUUUUUUUAAUUAACCUGUAUUUGAAUACAUUUUACUAAUGUAAUAAACUUAUAAAAGUCA